GAAAUCUCCGGAAGCACCCGUCACUUCCUGUUUCUGCUUCUGACGUGUCUAAAACAAUUCUGCUCUGGCGGUGGGCUUUUCUCGUGGGGGAUUUAUUUUCUAUUUAAGUAUUUAUCUGAUACGUGGUGUUCAAGAUGCUCGACUUCUUCACCAUCUUCAGCAAAGGGGGGAUAGUGUUGUGGUGUUUUCAGGGAGCCGGGGUCUCUGAGUCCUUCACUGGACCUGUCAACGCUUUGAUCCGCUCUGUGAUUCUUCAGGAGCGGAGUGGGAACAACUCAUAUACCCAUGAGGCCCUGAGUCUAAAAUACAAGCUCGACAAUGAGUUCGAGUUAAUUUUUGUGGUGGGUUUUCAAAAGAUCCUGACGUUGACUUAUGUGGACAAGUUCAUAGAUGAUGUGCAGCUCCACUUCAGGGAUCGUUAUAAGAAUGAGCUGGAGCAAAAAGGAGCUCUCAAACUUCUGAGUAACAACUUUGAAUUUGAAGAUGACUUUAAGAUGCUUCUCAGAGAGGCGGAGGAGAGCAGCAGAGCUCGAAGUCCCGCCCCCAUGCGGUCUUUUAAGGACUCUGAAAAAUCCCAAAAAACUGUGAAGUCAAUGAUUGAAACAAAGGGUGGAGACAAAGGCAAAGAAGUCAGUGGCAAGAAGAACAAAAAUACCAAAAAGGAGGCUCCUGCAGCUGAGCCUGCCAAAGUGGAUCAAAUCAAGAACUCAUCCUCUGGGCAGAAGACGGUGGAGAAUGGUAACCAGGGCAUGACGUCUGAUGAGAUCAUCCAGAAGAAGAGAGAGGAAUUCUUUCGCAAGCGCAUGGUGGUACCCACUGAAAAACCAACUAAGUCUCCAAAGCCUCAGAAGCCGAAGGAGAAGCAAAGGCGGGUUUGGGACAUGGGUGGCAGCAGCGCCAAGGAAUUGGACUACAGCGGAAGGAAUGAAAACGGUUCCCCCAAUGGUGGAGAACAGAAUCCUGAAACACAAUUUGACGCUGGGAUGCAGCUGAACUCCAUGAAGGGUGACCUGCUGUCUGUGGACUAUGAGUCCAGUGAGGACGAGGUGAUCGAGGAGGAAGAGGAGAGAGUUGUUAUAAGUGAAACGAGCAAGACAAGCUCCAAAAAAGGUGGUGGCUUUGGGGGCAUGUUUGGAAUGCUGAAGGGCCUGGUGGGGUCCAAGAGCCUGACCAGGGAGGACAUGGAGGCAGUACUGGAGAAGAUGAGGGACCACCUUAUCACAAAGAAUGUAGCAGCCGAAAUCGCCUCCCAGCUCUGUGACUCUGUAGCCAAAAAACUGGAAGGCAAAGUCAUGGGCACAUUCACCACUGUGGCCUCAACUGUAAAGCAGGCCCUGCAGGACUCCCUGGUGCAGAUCCUGCAGCCCAAGCGCCGGGUGGAUAUUCUGAGAGAUGUCAUGGAGGCGCAGAGCCAGCGUCGGCCUUUUGUCAUUACGUUUUGUGGUGUCAAUGGGGUUGGAAAGUCCACUAACCUGGCCAAGAUCUCAUUCUGGCUGAUAGAAAACGGGUUCACUGUACUGAUCGCUGCUUGUGACACUUUCCGUGCCGGAGCAGUGGAGCAGCUCCGCACUCAUCAGCGCCGUCUGAACUCUCUUCAUCCCCCAGAGCAUCACGGAGGGAGACCCGUAGUCCAGCUGUAUGAGAAAGGCUACGGGAAGGAUGCUGCUGGGAUUGCCAUGGAGGCCAUUGCCUAUGCUCGCAACCAGGCCUUCGACGUGGUGCUGGUGGACACUGCUGGGCGUAUGCAGGACAACGCCCCACUCAUGACGGCCUUAGCCAAACUUAUUGCAGUCAACAUGCCCGACCUUGUGCUGUUUGUGGGAGAAGCUUUGGUGGGAAACGAGGCUGUUGACCAGCUGGUGAAGUUCAACCAGGCUCUGGCAGACCACUCCAUGUCGGACAAGCCCCGCCUCAUUGAUGGAAUCGUUCUCACCAAGUUUGAUACCAUCGAUGAUAAGGUCGGUGCUGCCAUCUCCAUGACUUACAUCACAGGCCAGCCUAUUGUGUUUGUGGGCACCGGGCAGACCUACAACGACCUGCGCAGCCUCAAUGCCCGCGCCGUGGUUAGCGCCCUGAUGAAGGCUUAAGCGGCUGCAUGUUCUGCUGUUUUAUUCAUCGUCUCAACAAAAGCCAACAAUACCUUUUGCCACGCUGCCAUGAGAUGCUCCAGCCCUGCUAACCUGCGAUUUUCUUAACCUCCAGUCCUGGCCUGUUCCACUCUACUUUGCUACGAUUAGAGAACAAAUGUAGGAACAAGAAGGACUCCAUUCUCCCAGUAAAGGACAAGCUUAAAAGACAAAGCCAGAGGGGCAUCAUUUCAAAACUUUGAGGCCUACAUUAAGGUACCUCAGACCAGCCUGAGUUUUGAGAGACACAAGUUCAAUCAUGACAUUUUAGCUGACUAAAUGGACCUAGGCUGUAAAUGUCAACAGUUUACUGGUUUACACAGUAAAGACUUCCCAAACCUGGCAUUUUGUCAGUCACUUUUCCCCUCUUCAUGUAAAUGAGGUCAGGUUGUGAGGGCCUGCUGAAUGUGACAUUUCGGCAGCUGCCUGUGCCUGAGGAAAGCUUAGUGACCAUAGUGCCUAUCCGUCUCCUGUCUUCUUAGUUAACACUUUCACUACAUGGAUGGAUGGCUGUCCUUUUUAAAGUUCCAUGGCAUUGCAGCUAACUCCAGGCCUGAGGAGUUAGCAAUUAUGAUCUUACAUGUGCCCCUGACAAAAACAUAAAACAAUGCUUUGCUAAACAAGGUGAUGGACCCCAGGAAGAACAGCUGACCUCUCAGGUACAGCCAAUUGAAACCUAACAAAUAAACUGAUAACUGUGGGUGAACUA